AUGGCCAGGAAUGUCGGGAAGAGGCCCUUGUCACAUCACAAAGUACCCACCUCCCCAUGUCGAGGGCACAUGGCCUGGCGCCGCCCCCCCUUUCCUGACCCAUGGGCUGCAUGCUCCGAUAAGGGUCUGGUAUCGUCUUUGGGGGGGAAUUCCGCGCAAUUUUAUUUUUUUCAUUUUGGUGAGGGGUUCCCCUUCAAGAUCCUCAGCGCACAAGCCGCACCACAAAUGGGAUCGUCACGAUCCAACUUCUGGUGCAACUUCUGUACAAAUCAAUGGGCUCUCAUAGGAAACCAUUGGUUUUGACAUGUCAAAAAAUAAACGCUUGACGAGGCUGAACGCGGCUGUCUCCAGCUUCAAGCCGCGUUUAGCAGCUUUUACUAGCGUCAAACAUUUUUACAGCUCUAACGCCGGUCCUCAGAACGCACUGACCCUGUUUUUUUAGCAGCUUGAAAACACCUAUGUCAUUUACAGCUCCUAAAAGCCUGUGUGUACAUGGACACAUAGAAUAACGCCCCGUGUGCACGAGGCCUUUAGCAAAUAAUAUAAGAUUCCUCCUCAACCAAUACCAUGUAGAGUUGCCGAAUCAAACUAGAAGAAAUAUAGGGUUAAGUGAACAGGGAGGAUCUUGUUUUGUAUGAUGCUCACUUCCUUAUAAGCGUUCACAGAAAUACUUUCACAUUCACCUCCGUGUACGGGACAGAUCAGCCGCUCCCAGCUUCUCUUCUGAACCAAGUUGUAGAAGAAGAAGAUUAUUUUUUCACCAGAAUGGCGACUUCUAGCCUGAGAGAGGAGCUGAGCUGCUCCAUCUGCCUGAGCCUUUAUAAGGAGCCGGUAUCACUGAAAUGUGGACACAACUUCUGCCGGGAUUGUAUAGGGACCGCGCUGGAUACGCAGAAGUCUGCUAUUUAUUCCUGUCCAGAGUGCAGAGAGCAGUAUACAGAGCGCCCUCCGCUGGAGAAGAACAGGAAGUUGUGUAACAUUGUGGAUAAUUUCAGAUCUGCUCACCCGGAGGACACAGAGGUCUUCUGUACAUACUGUAAUACUUCUGUACCAGCGACGAAAUCAUGUCUGCUAUGUGAGGCCUCAUUUUGUGAUAUGCACCUAAGAAAUCACAGCAAGUCAGUGGAUCACAUAUUAUCUGAUCCCACCACAUCAUUUGAUGACAGAAAAUGCUCCAUACACAAAGAGAUCCUGAAAUAUUACUGCACAGAGGCCAAUGCCUGUAUCUGUAUGUCCUGCUGGGUGGCCGGAGACCACAAAGGACACCAAGUGGAGCUUCUGAAUGAGGCCUCUGAGAAGAAGAAAGAAAAACUGAAAGAUGUCACGGAGAAACUGACCAAUGAGAGACAAGAGACUGAGAAGAGAAUCCAGAAUCUGGAAAAUCACAGGACGGGAGAGAAAAGAAAAGCAAAUUAUGUCCCCGGGAGAGUCACUGAGCUUUUUAGAGACAUCAGGAGACAUCUGGAUGAUGAAGAGAAGAAAGUCCUGACUGAGGUCUCCAGACAGGAGGAGAAGAUCUCCCAGUCAGUCUGUGAUAUGAUCCAGAAGCUGGAGACACAGAAGGAGGAGCUGUCCAGGAAAAUUAAUGAAAUGGAGGCUGUAUGUGACAUCACAGAUCCAUUAACUGUGCUAAAGAAAGACAUUAUCAGUGAUGACAUCAUUCCUAGGAGUGGUGAUGUCAGAGAUGCCGGAUGUCUGGAUGAAGGAAUGAUCUCAGAAAUGCUCCACAGAGGACUUCUCCACUUUACUGACAGUCUGAAAGAUAUGAAGAUAAAGAUACAAUUCACAAUGAUGGAGAAAUCAGACAUCUUAUUGGAUAUAAAAACAGCCAAUAAUCGCAUUAUUAUAUCACAGGAUCUGAAAUCGGCUACUUUCACCAAUAAACCAGAGAAUAGACUGGAUGUUCCUGAGAGGUUUACAUCCAGACAAGUAAUAAGUACAAAGAGCUUCUCAUCAGGGAGACAUUACUGGGAGGUGGAUGUGAGCGGAGCGAAGAAAUGGCUGGUUGGGGUGGCCAAUCACAGUAUAGAGAGGAAGAUAGAUGGAAAUGAAUCUUAUAUAGGUUAUAAUGACAAAUCCUGGGGUCUGACCCAAAGAGACACUCUCUUUACAAAGCACAACAACUCAGGUAUAACAAUAGUCUCCAAAUCUUCUCUAAAGACAGUCGGGAUUUGUCUGGAUUAUGAUGAGGGACGUCUUUCCUUCUACCAGUUGUGUGACCCCAUCAGACACCUCCACACCUUCACCACCACCUUCACUGAACCCCUCCAUGCUGCUUUCUUUGUGUUUAAAGAUUCCACCAUAAGAAUAAUAUAGUAACAAUGUAUCACCUUAGUGCUGAGCUCUCCAGUGUCAUAUCACCUAUUCAGUUUACCAGAGGGGCAAAGCUUAAAGUGACACUAAACAAUAUCUGUAUUUUUUCAAACAAUAAUCCAUAUAGGUCUAUUACUCAAGGGCCCAGCAAUCUAUUUUUCAUGAAAUUAUUUCUUGCUGUGUUUUUCUGCCUCUCUGUAACAUCCUACGUGAGCUCCCAACCCUCUCCUUUUCCCCCCACACUUCUGUUUGUUUGGAAUGAGCAGUGUAUGUUAGUUUCGGUCAUAUACACUGCACAUCCCAUAGUCCAGGCAUGUCCAAAGUCCGUCCCGGGGGCCAAUUGCGGCACGCGUUUCGGUUCAAUGCGGUCCCACUGGUAAUUUGGAUAUACAUCUCUUUUGUAGCUCCCAACGAAUCCCUGAGCGCCACACAUUCAGAGGCUGCAU